AUGGCUAACAUGAAGCUACUAGCCGUGCUUGCUCUCGUGCAGCUCCUGUCACGCCUCCACGUCCAUGGCGUCUCCGCGUCCAUGGACAUGCCGACGGCGACGGCGACCAGCGGAGGCGGCAGCUGCCACGUCAGCGGAUACCUGCCGGGCCAAUCCGGCAACUGCAACCCGGAGCACGGCUCCACCUGCUGCGUCAACGGCCACCGGUACCCGCAGUACAAGUGCUCGCCCCCGGUGUCGGCCGAGACGCCGGCGAUCCUCACUAUAAACAGCUUCGCAGAAGGUGGAGACGGGGGCGGCAAAUCGUUCUGCGACAACCGCUAUCACAAGGACAGCGAGUUGGUGGUGGCACUGUCCACGGGGUGGCUGCGCCUGGACGGCACGAAUAGAUGCAACAAGAUGAUCCGUAUCAACGGGAACGGGCAGUCCGUGACGGCCAAGGUCGUCGACGAGUGCGACUCGGUGUACGGCUGUGACAAGGAGCACAAUUUCGAGCCGCCGUGCCCAAACAACGACGUGGACGCGUCGCCGGCCGUUUGGAAGGCGCUGGGCCUCAACGGGAACAUUGGAGAGUUCAAGGUCACUUGGUCUGAUGUGUGA